AUGAUCCGGUUCGCACAGUACUAUCAGCGAGCGAAAAACGGGUUUCAUGCCAUUCAAGCCCUGGCCAUCUUUGUUGCCUGGGCCAUAUCCAUUGCUAUCCUCACCAAGGAAGGCAAACUUGAUGGGAGGAUUUGGUAUUACUUUGCUCUGACGGCUUCCCCUGUUUUCCAACGGAUACGCCGCUUUUCCAAUGCCUACGUCCACGGUGUACUCGACAUUGUUUACACCAUACUCUGGCUCGCUGCCUUUGCCUCCCUGAUAGCAUGGGUCGAACAAGGAUCUCAUGCGGCAAAAGAUUGGAAGAGCAAGGACAGUUUGUGUGAGAAGUUCGCAUGGGGGCCUGGACACUGCACCCUCGCAAUCGAAUCGACAUGGCUCAUGUCUGGUCCUAGCCUGCUGUUUGGCGUUACAGCUGCCUUCGCGAUCUACGGUGUAAUCUAUUACAGAAAGAACGGUUCUUUACCUGAUUAUUCCAUCCAAGAUGAAGAGCAUCUACCCUUCGAAGACUCGGAUUUCUCAGCGGACACAAGUGACAAGCUCAACAAUCAUGAGAACAUGCAGCUUAAUCAUUCAGACGAAGAGGAAGCCCCAUUUACGCACGCCAACGCAGAAGAGCCAACCCAUCCAAGUGGACCAAUCACCUGGAAUCUGCAACAACCACAUAUUGCGCCUGCCGAGCUAGAGUUCGUGCCCGUCGACACCAGCUACUAUGGCGGCGGACACCCCUAUGAAUCUUCGCAGCAACCUCAGUCCCAACCAACCUUUCAGUAUUCGGCCAACAAUUCUCGGUACGAGACUCACCACUCCAAUGAGAGCCAAUUUGUGGGAGGGUUGAAGCCUUUGCCAGUGCAGGAUGGAGAACGUCUAUCGAGACAUAAUUUAGCAUUGGAUUUUGACCAUGGUGGAUAUGCUAGUAGUGGCAGGGUGGAUUUCCCGGAGGGUGACUAUGGCCGAUGA